UAAAGUUUUCACCUGAGGUUCAGUUGAGUGUUGCUUUCGUUGCAUAAGCGAGACACGUUUCGCAAUCCGCAUAUAUUUGAUUAUGAUGAUGAAGCUCUCGCUCUUGUGGCUCUUGCUGUUGCUGUUGAUUGGAUCUCAGCAACGAUCAGUGCUGGGCAAGCCCUUGGCGCCUACGACAUUGGAUGGGGCCACGCCCAUUGAUGCACAAGUCUCGGCUGCCGAUUUUGGUGCACUCGAUGCCUUUGCCGAAGAUGCCGCCGAGGGCUCCCCAGAGUCAUCACAGUCAGCCAGCGAAGCAGGCUUUAAGAUCUCUUUGUUGCCAACGCCGUCAAAAACGGCGGAGUCUGUGAAUCUGGAGCAUGAGGGGAUCCCAUCCAAAGUGCUCAGCACCUAUGACAAUUCGCAAAAGAAAAUCGCGGAUAUUUCACAUCCUGUGCCCAUUUUGGAUAGCAUCAGCGAGCAUGAGAAGUAUGGCAACAAUGGCGACAAAUUCGACGCUAUUUCGCGUUCACUUGUCAAUGGUUACGAGGCGUUUUCCAAUCUACUCAACAGCUUUAUACAGAAACCCAAGGAAAUCGCGCGCACAGUUUCCAAGGGGAUCACAGCCCAGUUGGAUAUUAUUGGAGGCAAGCUCGUUGGCUUAUAAGGCGGAACAGAACGGAAAUGGAACACAUUAACGAAACAAACUGCAACUAGUUGAAAA